AUGGCGGAGGAGGCGGAGCACGAGGGCUGCGUGGAGAACCGGCAGCCCCUCGCGGCGUCGAGCGAGUCGGUGUCCGAGGGCAGCAGCUAUGGCGGCGCCGGUGCGCCCGCGCGGAUGUCGCCGCCCGUGUCCGGCUCGGUGAAUUCCGUCUCCGGUCUCAGAUCGACGCAGUUUGCAAAAGAUGCCUGCUUUGAGUGUGGAGUUAGUUUAACCAUGGUCGUGGAGCCGUGCAAUAUUUGUUAUCUUGAUGGGAAGAUUUUACUGGGUAUACCGUAUAUCUCAACCAGAAUAUUCAGGAUCCUGGCAUCUUUAAGGUUCCAGGCGAACAAGUGGGCCUAUAAGGAGAGCGAAGGGUGGCUGGACAUCACAAGAGCUGAAUUCUUUCCGGAUAGGACAGAGGUACAAUGUUUACAUCGAUGGCAGAAGGUUCUUAACCCUGAACUCAUCAAAGGUCCUUGGACUCAAGAGGAAGAUGAUAAAAUUAUUGAUCUUGUAAAGAAGUAUGGACCAACAAAAUGGUCCGUCAUUGCAAGGUCACUACCUGGACGUAUAGGCAAGCAAUGUCGAGAGAGGUGGCAUAAUCAUCUGAAUCCAGACAUACGGAAAGAUGCUUGGACUGCUGAGGAGGAACAGGCACUGAUUAAUGCCCAUCGGGAAUAUGGGAAUAAAUGGGCAGAAAUAGCAAAAGUUCUUCCUGGAAGGACUGAUAAUUCUAUAAAGAAUCAUUGGAAUAGUUCUUUGAGAAAGAAGUUAGAUGUCUAUGGCACCAGAAAUAUUUUGGCAAUUCCAAGACUAGUUGGUCAUGAUGACUUCAAGGAUAAACAGAAGUCGUUGGCUUCUGAGGGCCAUCUUGAUCUGAACACAGUGCCCGGCAUCACUUCAAAAAACCUGCCUGAAAUAGCUCAUCAUUCUAAUUUUAGCUCACAUCUACAGUCAUACAAACUGGAUCAUGCCAAGGACCGCUCAGGGUUCCUAUCCAUUUCUUUUUUACCAACUGUGCAGCCACUAACUUCUUAUGAAGUGUCAUCGGUGGUUAAUGGCUCUGCUGUUACUUCAGCGGCACAAGGUCUGGAAAGUGAUUCUGUUCGUGACAAGGGUUUGGAAAUUAUUUCUGUUCAUGAGAAGGGACUCAAGGUUGAUUCCACACUUGAUACCCUGGGGGAACCUGAUAGCACUCAGCUAGAUGCUGUACCAGCUAAAGGUGAAGAAUCAUCUUUGAAGAAUGAUGCACAGUCUAGCCUUGGUCCUCUUUGUUACCAGAUUCCUAACAUGAAUGAUGUAGCCCCUGCCAGUUCCUCACUCAUUUCUGAACAUCAAACCGUGCACCAGACAUCUGAGCAUUGCAGGAAUGGAGCACUAUCCCCCAAUGGUUGCACGACGCCAACGAAGGGAACAAUGUCAGUCCAGUUAAGUGUUGAUUCAAUAUUGAAGAUUGCUGCUGACAGCUUCCCAGUCACCCCUUCAAUAUUAAGAAGAAGAAAACGAGAAAGACCGACACCUGCUAGUGAUUUGAAGUUUAGUGAACCAAACACUGAUAGCUUUUACACCCCUGCUGGGAAGCACCCUGCUACAGACACCCCAGAGUCAUUUAGAACUGCAUCCUUUCUGUCACUGGGUUCUCUUGAUGGGCUAUCGAGUUCUGCAAGGGGCUUUGAUGUUUCACCUCCAUACCGGAUAAGGGCAAAGAGAAUGUGUCUCACAAAAUCUGUUGAGAAACAACUAGAUUUUUCAUCAAAUGGAUUGGGCACUUGUGGUUCUGAGGUCCUGAACUCACCUCAGCAGAAUUCUCAAAGCACACAUAGUUUGGGUGAAGCCUCAAUAAUGAAGGAAAAGGAACUUAACGGGCAUGUUACCCAGCUGGAAACUUCAACCAAGAACAUAACGUAUACGACAAACAUGGAUGUAACCUAA